AUGACAACCACUGGAACACCGUUAAUUGUGCGAGAUGCAUCAACCCCUCACAUGCGACCUCACACCACUUCAAAAUCCUCCUCAAAUCCCCACAACUCAAACUCAAACUCAAGCUUCAACCCAAACAUUUCUCUGAAUUCUAAUUCGAAUUCGAAUACCGAUAAAAAUAACAAUAGACGUCAUUCGCUCCCACUUCAUUUCCUUCCACCAAGUUUAUGGACAUCUAAUACUUCAACUGCCAGUCUUGUGGAAUCCGAAGAAGCUGCCCGUGGGGAACAUAUCCUAGACGAGGCUAAGGUUGCAAAUCGUCUUGCAGCUCUUCGUUCUCUCAACGGCGCGAAUCGAGCCGAUCAUCGUUAUGCGAAAUCCACGGGAGAAACAUUCAAUCAACCGGUGAUCGUGCGGACCUACUCAGGAGCUAUUCGACCUCGCUCUCAACAACGAGAUUCUAUUGCAGCCAAGAAACAGAAUGGAACAACGGGUCUAGCAUCAAACAAAAUGGAUAUGAAACUUCCGUCGGUGGAGGCUUUCAGCUUCAAGGGGAUUAUGGAUGAAAUAAAACAUGGUGUUAGUGACGAUUUAGAGAGGAUUGCGGAGAUAUGUGCAAGGAGCAAGUAUAGUUUGGCAAAUCAGCAUGAAUUCCAUCACCCCCCUCAUGGAUCGGGAGAUCGCAUACCUCAAAUUGGUAUUGUUUCCGCGACAGAUCUAGGUGUACCGACAUUACAGGCCGUUGAAUCGGAUGAAGUUUCUCCAAGACAAUUAGCCAGAAGCUCAAGAGGAAGUCGAAGGGGAAAAUCUGCCGCGUAUGGUACACUAGAGACCAUCAUAUCAUCAUCAAGAUCUUCUGACGAGGAUAAAUCCAGGAAAAAGCCUGCCGCUGUUUUGGAAGAUGAGGUUCGUGGAAGAGCAACAAGUAAGGAGGUUGAAGUAUCAACUCCAAGUCCCAAUGUGAUAAUAGAUGCUGCGAUCCCAGAAGCCAUCUCUGAAAGGAGCCCUACCUCCAAGCACGCCAGGCCAAGAUCUUCCACAUUUGCGUCCAUGGUUAUAGACAAUGCCCAAAGCUUCAGACAGGAACAUAAACCUCAAGUUUCAUCUCCUGCCUUCCUUUUAAGCGAACCUGCUCGACCUCAAACCUCGGGUGCGGACCUUGAACAUAUGCCUGCCCUUGAUGAACUUACUCCUGAUCGGCCUUCCACUUUCCAUGAGUUGACAUUACCAAAGCCUACUCUAAUACGCAAUGAGUCAAUAGCUUCCACACUGAGGCCUGAGACCUCGCCGAGAUCGUCUAUACUUGGUAGUUUGAGUUCGUGGCUACCAUGGAGUAAACCACCUAGUCCAGUGCGAACCUUUCAAGGCAGGGCGAGAAGUGGAUCGCAUGCAGAAGGAAGCUUGAGAAACUUGCUGAGGUCUACAGAAAUCGCUAGAAAGGGCAAAAAUGUUGAUAGCACUCCUUGA